CACCUAAACCUCCUCCAUCUCUCCAUACUCUCCUUCAUCUCGACAUCAUCCUUACCAACACGAGUCUCUGACACUAGAAACGAGAUCAUCUUUGAAGAAAUUACUCGAAAACAUUGAAAAGAAGACAUAAUCGUGACAAUAUGACCGCGCUUGCUAUCGAUCUCCUCAACCGUCCCGUCGAGGCACAGGCUCGACUGCACAAAUUGAAGGGUCUCGUUCCCAGACCCUUGUCAUUCUUCAUGGAUGUUAAGUGUCCUGGAUGUUUCCAAAUCACCAUUGUCUUCUCUCACGCCACCACCGUCGUCCAGUGUGCCAACUGCGGUACCGCUCUUUGUCAACCAACUGGAGGUAAAGCUAAGCUGACUGAGGGCUGCUCUUUCCGUAAGAAGAACUGAGUUUUCGCUUGGGGCUGGAUUAGACGCGGCUGGGGCGGGGCAGAUGCAGUUCGGAGGGUGUAUUUGGCUACCUACAUUUCAGCAUGCCCAUGUGACAUCAUGAUUCCUCAUCUGUCUG